CAACUUUCUGCUGGCUGCUGUGACUGAGGUCAGUGAAUGUGCUGAAAGUAAAUAUUUUCUCUGGCAGUAGUUCAGUACAACAAGCUAACCUGCACGGACGGCCUGUCUGCAUAAAUCAGCUGAAAUAUGUUUCGCACUCGGACAAUUUUGAUCUGUGUUCUUUUACAGUAUUCUUGCUGCCUUUCAGUACCAUAUCAAGAAAAGAAAGAAAUAAAUGACAGGCCUAUUAUUGGUAUUCUUGCUCAAGAAACAACAGAUAAAGACUUAAUACGGUUUGGAAAUACCUACAUUGCUUCUUCCUAUGUCAAGUUUCUGGAGUCUGCAGGUUGCAGAGUUAUGCCAGUCAGAUUGAAUCUGUCAUUAUCUGAAUAUGAAGAGAUAUUCAUGUCAAUAAAUGGCAUCCUGUUCCCCGGAGGAGCUGUGAAUUUGCAGACUUCAGAAUUUGCGAAAACCGCUAAGAUUUUUUAUGAUUUAGCAAUAAAGUCAUAUGACUCUGGAGAUUAUUUUCCAAUCUGGGGAACUUGUCUUGGAUUUCAGCUACUAACAGUACUAACAGCAGGACAGAACUUACUCAGCAAGACAAACAGUGAAAACAUUUCUUUGCCACUAAACCUGACAGAAGCUAUUCAGUCAAGCAAAAUGUUCCAAGACUUUCCUCCUGAAAUACUGAAAGCUCUUUCUAAGGAGGACCUCACAGGAAACUUUCAUCAUUAUGGACUUCUGACACAGACCUUUCGAAAUUGUGGAAAGCUGAAGGAUUUUUUUACCAUACUCUCAACUAACAAGGAUAGAAAUGGAGUAGACUUUGUAUCCACAAUAGAAGGCACAAAAUACCCAAUUUAUGGAGUACAGUGGCAUCCUGAAGUCAAUCGCUUCCAGUGGGAGAAGGAUCUGGCAUUUCCACACAGUGUAAAUGCAGUCCAACUGUCCUAUUUGAUGUCUAACUUCUUUGUGAAUGAAGCAAGGAAGAGCUUCCAUCACUAUCCAAGUACUGAAAAAGAAAAUGCAGCUCUAAUUUAUAACUACAACCCUGUGUACGUGGGAAAUUUCUCCAGUUACUUGCAAGUGUAUUUCUUUUAGAUCCAAAAGCUGUGGUGCUGGAUAUUAUUCGACUUCAGUCUGGAUAUGGACAUUUAAAGAAGCUGCUAGUACACUGUGGUCAUUAUUACCUUUGUUUAUCGACAGUUAAUCAACAGCAAAUAUCGCUUCCUGAAAAUAUUAGGUGAACUGAAGAUAUGGAGGAAAUAUCCAGACUGAGGUUGUCAUGGAGUAACAUAAAAGUCAUACUUGAGGCAACUUCAUACGGUGGGAGACUCACAGAUAAACUGGUACAUCUUCUGUAGGUGCAAUCCUUAACCUGUUAUACUUCAUUACAGCUUGUAGGACAAGAAAGGGCUGACAGCAUGAGUCGUGUACAUCAGCCAUUUUUGCAAAACUGAUUUAUGCUAUGCAAACUGCUACCUACUAAAAGAAAAUAUGAAGUGCUUUGUAAAUCGCACUUUUUUCUAUGUAUAACAACUUGUCCUCUUUACUGAAAUACUCCUGUUCUUAAUCACCACUACCAAACCUUCCACAUGUGGGAAUUACUUAAAUUGCUACACAGUCGAGGAUACCAACAGCAGUUCAUAGCUUGUUCUAAGUAACUUUUGCAGGUUCUUUUUUCUGCUAAAAAUAAUGCUGUUGUCUUCCUUUACAUUGUGAGACUUGUAGUUAUGUUGACUCUCCAUUCAUUUUCAUGCAUAGUUUCUCAUAUUUAUUACAUCUGCUGAAGCAAAGAAGCUUCUACCCGUUGACUAAUUUUGUGCAAACCCACUGUUUUUGUAAACGUUCAUGUACAGCAUAUGUAAUAUACAGUGAUGUAUCAUCAGUGUCCCUUUUUUGUCUGUAAGUUAUUUGCAAAAUAAUGCAUCUGUUGGCAUCUUGUCCACUUUAAGCUUCUGUUACAAUGCUUUUUAUUUGUUAGAUUUGUUUUUUUUUUUUUUUUUGGUCACCUCACCCCAUCCAUUUUUCUCAUAUUUAUUACAUCUGCUGAAGCAAAGAAGCCUCUACCCGUUGACUACUUUUGUGCAAACCCACUUUUUUUGGUAAAGUUCAUGUACAGCAUAUGUAAUAUACAGUGAUGUUAAGUCAUAUCAUCAGUGUCCCUUUUUUGUCUGCAAGUUAUUUGCAAAAUAAUGUAUUUGUUGGCAUUUUGUCCACUUUAAGCUUCUGUUACAAUGUUUUUUAAUUGUUAGAUUUUUUUUUUUUUUUUGUCACCUCACCCCACUCAUUUCUGGUUACAGUACAAUGUAUUUUUCUAUUUUUUGGAAUGUAUCUAAAAUAUACACACUGGUAUUCAUUUAAAAAAUAAAUAAAUUAAUAAAUGAAUCAUGAUUCUUAACUUGUGAGUGUGCAUAAGCAUUCUCAGAUCUGUGUUAAUAACAAAUGUAUAAUAUCUUUGAUGAACAUUAAAAAGACAGCAGCAUUUAUAAAAGCAA